CCGCGAGAAUUAGGAUGCCGUCCUCCGUAGUCGCGUAUGGUUACCGCUAGUUUGCGCCUCUAAGACAACUGGCGAGCUUCAGCUUCCUCCAUCGUCGCCUUCCUCUUUCGCUCUUCGGCAUCCUCUCUGCUCAUCUGAAUCUCUUGCAGUCUUCGCCUCUGAACCCUAGAUUCCGCACGGGGAACUUUCUCUUCUUGCCGAUGGAGCAAUUCUGGACUAGAGACAGUAUUGAUAAAAAUAAAGGUUUAAUUGAGCAUUUGCGGCAGUAUGGGGUAAUUAGGUCCAAUAAGGUGGCAGAAGUAAUGGAGACUAUUGAUAGGGGAUUGUUCGUACCUGAUGGGAUCCCAGCUUAUGUUGACACCCCUAUGCAGAUUGGUUAUAAUGCCACUAUUUCUGCACCUCAUAUGCAUGCUAUGUGCCUUGAAUUGUUGGAGAAUAAUUUGCAGCCAGGCAUGCAUGCGUUAGAUGUUGGUUCAGGGACCGGGUUCUUAACUGCAUGCUUUGCAAUGAUGGUUGGACCACAAGGUCGUGCAGUGGGUGUGGAACACAUUCCUGAGCUUCUUGCCACUUCCAUCGAAAAUAUCCAAAAAAGCCAAGCUGCACAAUUAAUGAAAGGAGGUUCCCUUUCUGUUCAUGUUGGUGGUAUGUUCUACUUGUCUGUUCAAUCUAAUAGAGAGGGAAUACAAAGUAACUCUAGACCACAAAUAUGGUUUGCUAGCUGCAUUUAUAAAGUUCAGUACACAUGCUGCCGAGCGAAGUGACCUUGGACUUGGAGAUCUCAUAUGGCAAUAUCUGAUUUUGUCAAUUUCUUUCUUUUUGAGGAUUAGAAAACAAUGUUUUUUUCUUUUUGAGGAUUAGAAAACAAUGUGGCAAAUUUGAAUAAAAAUGUUUCCCUGACCUAGUCCUUCCUCUUUCGCCCUAUAGUCACUGGGUUUUGAUAUCAUGACUUAGUUGGAAACCUUGACACCAUCAAACUGCCAACACUCCAACAUCACACUUGCCUUCCGGAAAACAAAUAAAUAGUUGCUGUUAAUGUGACCAUUGGUUGUUAGGUGUUUGUAAUGUAAGCAAGUUGUAUAUAUGCCACAUUAGAUGGUCCACAUAAUCACCUGAGGAAAAAUAUCAUGUCAUCAAUUUGUGAACCCAAAUGAUACUGUAUAACCAUAUUUUAUCUUACAUGUUAAUAACAUUUAGAGCUAAAUGCUUCCAUUGCCACAGAUGGCAGGCUAGGUUGGCCAGAGUUUGCGCCUUAUGAUGCUAUUCACGUGGGAGCAGCCGCUGCAGAGAUCC